AUGCAUGCUUCUAUAAUCCCUUUUCUUCCGCUGGAAAUCAUCACGGAGAACCUCUUAAAGUUGCCCCCACAGUCUCUUUUGAAGUUCAUGUGCGCAUCGAAAUCAUGGCUUCAACUAAUCUCUAGCCCUGAAUUUGUGAAAAUUCAUAUGAAAUUAAUGGCUAAUGACAAAGAAUGCAGCCAAGAUAGACUUAUAUUUCGAGACCCCCAAGAGAAUUUCAAGGGAGACGAGACAUUUUUAUGGAACUCAACAAUUAGGAAGCUGAAGAAAUUGCUGAUUUUGAAGACCGAUUCCUGGAGAACAAUCAAUGACCUUAAGCGUGGGUUUCUGAUAGAUUUUUCUGGUAAGUUUGUCAAUGGGAAGCUUUAUUGGGCUUCAUCUGCUGGUGCUGCUAAGUACGAAGACCAGAUAGGGAACCUGACACACUUGGACUACACUGCAGUUAACGGAUUCCAGCUAAAUGUGAACUGCUAUAAGCUUCAGGAGAGAGGAAACCAAACAAGGAUCCAAUACUCUUGUGGUUCCCCCAUAGCAGUACAAAGUCAAUUGGACACAGCUAGAAGCGACGUGACCGCCUGCACUGUUUCUGCCGCACUGCACUGUUUCCAGUGCCUACUUAUUCCUUGA